CCGGAAGUGUCUCACGCCAGCUGUGUGCUGUCGAGCUAUUGCAGGAAGUAAGAGUGUACCACUCGCAGUUUGUAAACAAACAAGACUCUGAUUCCAAGUUUAGGGAUACAAUACCUUUGCGCACAUUUCUUUCUUAUUGAAACUCUGGGAGUAUUUUGGAUUUAUAAAGAAAGGUAACAUCCACACACCUGGAUACAUCCAUGCCAUGGAUUAAAUGUCAAGUCCACGUGAGAGUGACACUGGGGGAUGACACGAGAGAUUAUCUGAGUCCCCAUCUCACCGACCAGCAGCCACUGUGCGUAAUUCAAACAUGGGAUUAAAGGAAUUCCUGGCGUCGACGAAACUCUCCCAGAGUGAGCUACAGUCCAGACUUAAGAUUCACCUGGUCUUAGGGAAUGAAUCCUGUGAUCUGGACUCCACUGUCUGUGCCAUCACCUAUGCUUACUAUCUACACAAGACGAAGUACAAGCUUGGAACUUUUAUCCUGCCGCUGCUGUGCUUGCAAAGAGAGAAGUUCCGGCUCCGGCUCGAGACGGUCUACUUCCUUAGGAAGCACAGCAUACUUCCGGAGGACCUGACCUUUAUAGACGACCUUGACCUGCCAGCCCUCAGGCAAAACGAAGUCAUCACCUUGACCGCCAGCUUGGUCGACCACCAUGUCUUGAGCCCAGCGGAAGUUUGUCUGAAAGACUGUGUGGUUGAGGUCAUAGACCAUCGCCCAUUGGCGGAAGCUUUGCCCAACAGCUGGAAUGCCCAGAUUGAGCCUGUAGGAUCAUGUUCCAGUCUUGUGGCCAAGAAGAUGUUGUCAUCUGAUGAUUUCACUAUGGAAUCAACAGUGGCGGAGCUUUUAUUGGGUACUAUACUGUGUGACACAGGCAAUAUGUCCACCAGUGAUAACCUUGCGACACACGUUGACCAUGAGGUCCUAGUCAAGCUGAAGUCAUUUCUACCUCCGAGCAUCUCAGCCACCAGUAUUUACGAUGAGAUCAAAUCUUUCAAGUUUGAUCUCUCCUCCCUGACAGUGUCUGAGAUGUUACAUAAGGAUUUGAAAGUGUUGAAAGGUUCUCAGAUUGUUGUAGCCAUGUCCACCGUCACAAUGAACAUGCAGGCUAUUCUCCAGAGGCCAGAGUUUUCCCAUGAUGCUGCAGACUUUUGUCAGACACUUCCUGCGGAUGUCCUCAUCAUCAUGGCCUUUGUCUCUGGGGACGCAGGAAUCCAGCACAGGUGGAUAGCUGUUUAUUCGACCAAUAGAGUCUACAAAGAACAGCUCAUAGAUGUUUUGCUUAGUUCAACAAAUCCACAUCUUGAUCUUGAACCUUUGACCUUGAGUUACGAGAUCAGCAAUUUAACAGUCUUCAUCCAGAACAACCUGCAAGCGUCGAGGAAGCAGGUCCUGCCGCUUGUAAGCAGCUUUCUUGCAGGGGAGAUUACCACACCAGAGGAAAACCUCAACUCUUCUGGUCAGUUUGCAUAUGCCGAGGCUGGAGAAAAGGGAGAUAACUGUGAAGAAGAGACUCGUCGGCACAUUAACCUGGCAAAAACAUUUCAGUCUGAUCAGUUUCGAACCUCACAGGAUAGGUUUGACCUUGCGGCGGUUGGUGCAGAGGCUCUAAUCUCCCCGAGCUUGAGCAGCGACAGUGACCUGGCCUGCCAAGAAGGGGGAACUGAUGCUGAGAGAGAGGCCAAGGAGAUGGAGGAGGUUGAGGAUGCUCAGCUUCUGGGCCAAGUGUUAAAUCAGAGUGGGGCUGGUGAUUUCUUCACGUCGCCUCCAAAACAGACAAACAAACCUGAACUUAUGGAUAGCCUGAUCAACUUUGACGAAGCAUUUAGUAGUGGCCAAGAUCGAGUCAGUGCUGAAACCCUAGACUUGCUGUCAGGCAUAGGCAUAAGUGAUCGCUUAAUGAUGAAUGACAGUAUGCAGAGUCUUGUACCUUUAAGUAAUGGGGACAUACAGUUUACUAGCUCGGAUCAAAGCAAUGUCGGUGAGACCAUCCUAGCAGAGGAUGUUCUUCAGAAUCAUACUCCUUUUGACCUUCUUUGCCCCACCAAUGUGGAUAGCCCUUUGGACGUUUCAUCAAUGCCCACCUCAGGUCAAGCUUCAGGCCAGGGUUCUAAAGUGCCCAGCUACCCCGACACCCCUCCGAACAGCUACAUGGAGGCGUCAGGCGUAGUGUAUUUAAAAGAGACACAACUCCCAAGUUUCAACAGCUCAGAGAUGGUGAAGAGGAUACAUGCUAAGAAAGCUGCUCUGGCAGGUCACACUGGGGUCAAGGACUUGAGGUAUGACAACAUCGAGGACGAUGACAGCUUUGAUUUGCUUAGUGUUGGCGGUCUGGGAGGAGGGAGUAGCGGUGGCUCACUGAUUUCUCCAGCUGUUCCUCAGAACAGCUACAUGGACCUGACCACCUCCUAUGAUCAGCAGAUUCCAGAACUUGCCAACUCAGACAUAUUAGAAAGGGUAAUAGAAAAGAGAUCCCAGUUUGAGUGGAAUGUGGAGACUCUCGAUGGUUCUGCGGCCAAUACUGCAGACUUUAUACCACCUCAUAAAGUACAGGUUGAGCCCUUUACCCCUCAGAACAGUUACAUUGAAGGAAACUUUGACACAUAUGCUCGUAACAACCUUCCUAGUAUAAACAAUGCUGAAAGUGUGGCCAAAAUCAGAGCCAAACAGUCUGCCAUGUUUGGAGGAAGUGGCUGCAGUAGCGAUGACAGUGGUGGCUGCCAAAGUCCUGACAUUGGGGGGAAGAGUCCCAAAAUUCCCAGCCCAUACACACCUCAGAACAGUUAUCGGGAUAGUCUGCAGCUUUUAGAGAACAGGAAUAUGAUGCCGGAUCUGAAUGAGGUGGUAGAGAGGUUGUCUGUUGAACACUCUUCUAAAGGCCAGUUUGUAGGCGGCACUCGGGAAGAUGAGCAUGUCGGUACAAGCCCUCAGAACCAUGUCAAGCCUACCAGACAUUCAAGCAGCCAGUCAGACAGCCAGAACACCAUGUCAGACGUGGACUCUUUGAUGAGUGUCAGUACUGAUGUCGGCACUCCCUCAGAGAACAUAGUUGCCAACAGCCUGGCAGGUUUGAUGCGGACCGAGAUCUCUAUGCUGAGCAGGAAGGAUACCAACGAUUCUGAAGUGUUUGGCCCAGUUGGGAAGUUGGAAGAAAACAUCUCCAGCAAUAAUGAUGCCAAGAGAACAGACUUUUCCAAAUUUAAUCAUGUCGGCUCCCCACCUAAAGUGACUCUCAUGAGUGGGAAAGGAGAAAGAAAAGUGGGCUUUGAGGAUAAAGAUCUGUUUUCACCUGUAGAGGAAGGUCAGUUGAGAACGGUUGAGGACCAUGCAUUCUAUGAGGCAGCAGAGAGUAUUGUAGCCCAGAGUGUAGCUGCAGCACUGCAGGCAAGCAAAAGAGAGGAUGGAGACAACAGAGCAGGGGCAGGAACAGGAGGAAGGUUGAGAUGGACUGAUAACACAGUGCUAAACUUUAUCGAGGAUGAGGAUUGUGAGGAAAACAGCGUAGAGGCAGUGCCAGUAGAACCAGACGAGGACUCCAAUGAUCGCAGUGUCUCUGAUGAUGACCAGCUGAAUGAUAUAACCAACUCCAAUGCUCAAAAUUAUGAUGGUCCCAUGACUUCGCAUGACUCGUUGCAAAUUGAAAGUGAUGUUGACGCACCCGGACCUUCUGACGAAUCACCUAGUUCAGAAGAGAUGUUUAUUAUUCGAGCGCUUGAUAGUGACCCCAUUCAAUCUGAUGAUAGCUUGAUGGAGAUAGCUCUCAAAGAACUAGCCUAUGAGUUUGCCAACGAACUUAUCCAGAGUGUUUUGAAUAAUUUCCCCUUCAACGAGGAAGAAAAAGCUAAUAAUAAAUCAACUCGCUUCUUUCUCGAAGACGUCCAGGACUCUGACCAACCAGAUUUUGUUCCUUUUAACAAAACUAACUCUUCAGAUAGAUCUGCGUCUUUUGAUUCUAAUGCUUCAACAGUCAGCGUUUCAGAAAGAAAGCGCUCAAGAGGAGAAACUGAUACUUCAAUGGUCAUUGUUGAAGGUGAAAUGACCACAUCAUUCCCGGAGAGAAAAUCUUCAGCUGAGGAUGUAAGUGGCAAUGCUGAGCUUGUUUCCAAAUCAUUUCCUUACAGGAAAUUCUCAAAGUCUGAAGAUUUUCCUUCCCGUAGGUUCUCGCGGGAGGAGAGCUCAUCCCGGCGGUCUUCUCGUUUGGAUGAUGCCGAGUAUGAUAAUUCCAUCAAACGAGAAGACUUGGAGACUGAUUACCUGCCCAACAUGGAUCCACUGCAAGGCAACCUCGACAUCAUAGAUGCAUCCUACAGCAAGAUUACCGAUGUGGAUAGGGAAGUUGUUGAAGGGGAAAGCUUCAGAAAAGCCAGCAGUGAGAGGCUUCACUCAUAUGCAAAGGAGAUAGAAGCAAAUAAUAAUGGCUUACACUCGAGCGGAGGUCAGAUGGCGGAAGAGGAUGAAACUCUCUCAGAGGAGGCUUUCAGAAAGAUGGCCGCCAAAUCCAAGAGGAAGAUUCGUGUGAGUUUCUCAGAAGACUUUGACGAUGAUGUGGGGGACUUUAAUAUUCAGGCUUCUUCUCGUCCCCAACUGAAAUCUCCACCGCCUCCAAUACAGUCCCAAGACUCUAUUUCUUCAUCUCCGCCUUCCCAGGAGCUGUUAGAAUCUGAUGACUUACCUCAGACUUUAGUGACGCCAGAAGAGACAUGUGAUAAGGCCGAGAAAUCAGAUGGGGAAGAUGGAGUGGAAGAAUCGACCCCUACAUCCAAUGCUCUACACGAACAGGUGGGGAAAAUGAUAGAGUCGGCUGAAGAGACAUUAGCCGAAGCGGAUAGAGAUUUAGAUUUUUUUAGCUCUGCACAUUCCUUGCCUUCCCUUGCUUCCCCUGCCUUAGCUUCUAGCGAUAAGCUGCUCCCAGCUAACGCCACCGUGCCCACUGUAGUGAAUGUGUCUGAUGGCCCUUUGCUUGACCCUGUGGGCCGGGACUUAACUCUGACCUCUUCUAAGAACCCUCAGCCAGCGAGUGCCGGCGACUUUCAAGACGUGCCGGCGAAAGUGUCAGCCGUUCCUGCGUUCGCAGAUCCGUUGCACACCCACUCCCGCAACCUGUCCAGCACCUCCUUCGGCUCCAUCAAGGGGGCAGUGUACACAGAAGAAUGGCAGGAUGAUGAGAUUGUAGAGAUGGCAGCCCAGUCUGGUCUUGAUGCUCCAGCACUUGACUCCUCGAGGAAGAAGAUCGUCCCUGACUCGUCCUGUUUGCAGGCUAUCACAGAUGAUGGGGACGAUGGGGUCGGAAGUGAUGAGGAGGAAGAGACUGAGAGUGAGUCUGGAGAUCUGGAGUGGGAAAGCAGAAAACUCUUAGAACGACAAGAUGACACUGAAGUCAGGACUCCACCCAGGCCAGGGAUUGAACCAACCAUAAGCACCGAAACUUCUACUGAUGGUGCACACUCCAGGUGGAAGAGGGUGUCUGUGUCUGGCUCACAGUUUGACAUUGACCUUCAGGCUGUGGAGCCAUUCAGAAAUGUAUUGUCCCAUGGAGGUUACUACGCUGAAGGUCUAAAUGCAAUCAUUGUCUUCUAUGGUUGUCAUCUACCCAGCCGCAGAAGGGAAGACUACCCAUAUGUUAUGAACCACUUGUUCCACUAUGUGAUCCACACAUUGGAGGAACUAGUUGCUGAUGACUAUGUGAUUAUAUACUUUCAUGGGUCCACACCACGCCGUCAGAUGCCUGGCUUGACCUGGUUAAAGAGGUGCUACCAAUCUAUAGACAGAAGGCUGAAGAAGAAUUUGAAGGGUCUUUACUUGGUGCAUCCCACACUGUGGUUAAAGACUAUAGUCACAAUGAUCAGGCCAUUCAUUAGCUCCAAGUUUUCCUCCAAGCUGAAGUUUGUCAGAAGUCUUGAGGAACUCAAUUCUCUUGUACCCAUGGCCAAUGUAACGAUUCCAGAAGCAAUUACUCAACUUGAAGAAAUGAUGAAACAAAAUCCUCACUAUCUGGAAGAGCAAGAAGAAGAGGAAAGAAGACAAAUGAAAGAGGAAGAGAAAGAAGAAAAGAAAAGGGAAAAGGAGCGCAAGAAGAAAGAGAAGGACAGAAAGAAACAGGAAGAAAGUGAGAGAAAGCAGAAUGCCAAACUUGAGAAGGAAAAGAAGAAGCAAGAGAAAGAGAGAGAGAAAGAGAGAGAGAAAGAGAGGAAAAAAGCUGAACAAAAACCGAAGACUAAAAAAUAACCUGAUUGUUUAUUCAAUUAUUGAAGCAGGGAUUAUUUAACGAACUUAGUUUUGGAAUUCUGAAUAUUUGAAAUAUUUCCACUGUAAGAUACCAGAUUCUCUUCUACUUCUCUUGGGAUAUAUACAUGGAACACUUCUGCUUUGGGUCAACAUGCUAUCAGGGUUUGAAUAUACAGCCGGCUGUGUCUUGCUCUUCACAGAUACGCGUGAUUCCGCGAGAGAGUGAAUCUGCAAGUUUGCUUGUUUGUGAUGUGUACAUAGGACCUUUUGACCUUGGUGGCAUUCCAUUUGAGUAUAUUGUGCUAUUUCACUGCUACAUGAUUACCUACUAGUUUCAUUUCUAGUUCCAGUGUUAACGUUUUGUUUUGUUUGUUUCAUGAUUCUUAUUUUUGAUUGAAAGCUAAUCUUAUGUGAUAUUAAGGACAUAAUAAUAGAUUAAUUAUUUCACUCACUGGUACCAUUAUACAAAUAUUCUAAGGCAAUGUAUUACAUAUUUCUUAAUUCUAGGAGGUUCUAUUUUUAGAAUCUGUUGUAUUGUCGAGACAUUUUGUUUUUAAAUUUGUUAAUUAUUUUAAGGCAACAUUUGUAUUUUUAAGUUCUGAAUUCAAUCUUUUUUUUUCUGCUUCUAUGGCAUAAUUACAAAUUGACAAUAGCUUAGCCUGGUGUAACUCAUUCUAAAGAACUGUUACAGCUAUUGUCCAGAAGUUUAUCAUAUGUAUUAGAUUGAUUUCACCUUAUUUUGUUGAAUGGUUUCAAUGCUUUGACCCUUCUAAGUACCAUUACGUUAUGUGUUUUAAUUGAAUGUUCCAGUUCAAUCUAUUUACAAAGUACUAUCAGCAAUGCUCCAGACUCUAUUCAGUCUUUACCUAGGCUGCAUGCAUUAUUGGGUUAAAUAAAUUAGUGAAAGAUUUUUUUUUUCAAGGUCCUCUGCUUUUGUUUUCUUUAUCAUAUUUUAUGUUGUUUUUUGUUUCAUUAUUUUUUGUGUUGCAAGUAAAUUGAAAAAAUCUUACUUUUUACUUUGUCUGUUUGUAUUUAUAGCCCAGUUAUCUCCUAUUCAAUGUCUCUCUAGAAUUCCACAUCAAAGCUCUAUUCUAGUGGCUACACUUAUGUCUACUUUAUGAUAGUAAUUGUGAAUGAUAGUCCGUUGUGUGUAUAUAUUCUAAAAGAUAGAUGUUUUUAUCUCUAAAAAUAACAUAAUCAUGUUUUUAAUUUAAAUUGUAAACUUCUAUUGAAUUGAGUCUCAAUAUUUGCUCAUCACUUAAAAAAAAAAUUGCAUUGUGUAAUAUAAAACAAAAAAAAAUUUGAAUCAGCCAAUGAAAGAUUUAACAAAACAGUCAUCAUGUUUGCAUUCCUCGAUGUUGCGCUCUGCGUCACUUUGUACAUAGACCAUCUGUGAUCUCUGUCGAUUGUCACAUUAUAUUUUCUUGUCAUGAAUCCAGCUAAUUUUGCUACUCGUUUUUAAAGUUUGACUGAAGAAUUUUGCAUUUCUCAGGGCUGGCAAUUUUUUUUUUCUGCGGCUAAUUUUUAGUGUAUUAAAACCCCCCUCAAAUUUUCUUGAGGAACUAUUUUUUUGAGUUAUGGCUUGUGUAAACAAGACUAUUUGGUGCUGAGCAGUUUAGUGGGUUUUUUUUUAAGUAAAUUUGUUUUUCUUUUUAAGUCGUGCAUCUCUAGUAUAUAGCUUAGGUACUGAAACAAGAAUUUUGCUAUUCUUAGUAGAAUUUUUAUUUAGAAUUCAAACAGCUAGAGUAAAUUUCAUCCUUUUCUUGUGAUGUUUCUACAGCUACCAUUUUGUUCAGCCAACAUUAUUUCUAUGAUAAUGUUGAAAUCUGUAUUGCUUUAGACAUCAAUUAUGAAAAAUUAAAGUUGACAUCUGAAAUUACAAUCAUUUUGUACCAAUACCAUUAAAUCGCAUGUAUUUCCCAGAUACCAAGUGAUUGGUAUGUUUGUAAAAUAUCUCACCCUGAAUUCAAGAUUUCACUUGUAGAACAUUACUUACCUUCUCAAAUUCUCUCUGACCAAAUUAAACUUCUGGAAUGGAAUUCAUAAAGAAAUAUACUAUAAUUCAUGUUUUUCUUCUUUUGGUUGAAGUUUAAAAAAUGUGUUUAUUAUCAUUAUCUAUAAAUAAAUUUUAAUGUCUCCCUUUGUUUUCUAUAAAUACAUUAUCAUACUCUCCCUUUGUUUGCUGCCAACUAGUUAUUGCUCUUGGAUUUUGGAUCAUUUCAUUCACUGUGUCUGCACCGAGAUUGCUCUUGUUAUUUAUUUGAUGCUGUUGUCCAACAUUUCUUGAUGUGUCCUUGCAACGUCUGCCAGGGUGACCAGACUGAAGCCCACCCGCUGGUAGUGUUGACAUGCAAUGGUUGUGCAAUAACUAAUCAGGAUUCGUGUUUCUGUUGUGCCGUUUUGACAAAAAAAUAUAUAUAUUAAUAAUCAGCAAUGUUUCCUUUUCAUAUCUCUGUAUAUAGCCUAUGUGCUUAUGAUAUAAAUAAAUAUAUAUAAAUGAAAUUAUGUUAUGAACAAUGUGACAGACAAGCAUACAGUCUUAACUUGUUACCAUAUUGGUUCAAAAAGAGGUCUAUAUGCUUGUUGCUAAUGGAAAUAUACUUAGCACCGAAAUGAGAUUAUAAAAUGAGGCUGUCUAGUAUUAUUGUAUUGUAAAUUUUAGUAGGAAAUAUUUAAAUUCUGUAACAUUUUUUUUUAAAUGACCACAGUGACUGUUAAGCCCUUGGGACUAUCUCUUGGACAAUGGGCUAAAGUUUUUCUAACCCACAUAGCAAAAAAAAUAAAUUGUUUCUGAUAUGUAAACAUAAUGUCAUGAAAUACAAUUUGUUCUGCUGCCUACAGCUACUGUAGCCUUUGAUUGUUCUUCAGCUUUGCGAAAGUACAGCAAAGUUAGUCAUGAGAAAGAUAGAGUACAUAAACAUUGUGGCAAUGAUAGUAUAUUGUAUAGCCAAAGCCUAUCAUUCGUGUGUGAACCAGUGAAGUGUGUAUUAUUGUUUGUAACAUGGUUUACAUAUAGAAAUAUAUAUAUAUAAUAUAAAUAUUGACAUUUUAAAAGGUUUCAUUGUUAGCUGUUUCCACUCUGUUUAUCAAGCCAGCACUCCCUGCCUUCUUCCCUCCCUUUCCUAUUUCAACUUUUUGAUUGCCAUUCAUUUAACACUGUAAGUUAGUCCACUAUAAAAACAUCAGCAAUAUUCAAGGCGUGUGUUACCAUUUUUGUUACAAUUUGUGUUACCAUUUUAGAAGAUUGUUUUUUUUUUUGUUUUUUUUAUUAUAUUUUAAAAAGAUACAAAUUUAUAACAACAAUACACCUUAAUCCUACAGAUUACAACUAUUUCAGUUUCUCUUUAAAUUUAUUAUGAGAGAUAAUUUAAAUCUUUAGAACUUGUUAUUAAAAAUAUAUCAUAUUUUACAUUGUAACAAAAUGUUAUGAAUUAAAUUUUAAAUGAUGUAAAUUUUCAAACUUCAAAUGAAUAGUUAGUACUGCUACCACCAAUAUCUGAUUUGUUUUUUAUUUUGCAUAUAACAAAUUGAACAUUAUUCUAAUUAACUGUGCUACACCUAUCACUAUGCUACCAUUAGCAUAACAAGCUAAAAGUAGCAUUGUGUUGUAUAGAUAGCACUCCAAUCUGCUACAGACUUCAGAUCAAUUGUUUGCUACUUAAAAACAGUAACCAAAUAAAGAAAUAAUUAUUUUA